CAUUGGCGCAUCAUACGAGGGAAUUGACAUUGGUGUUUUACGUAUUUCAUGCACAGUUACAAUGACCCACAAGUCAAGUUUGUCCCGCGAGAGUAUAAAAAAACAAGCAGGGGGGCAUGGAGCUUCAGUUGACACCCUGUUUAGCCCUGGACAUGGCCUCUCAGAGAAUCUCUUUCCUUGUUGUAUUGCUCUGUACGAUCGUCGUUACGGAAUCAUUCGCCGUCGUCAGAUUUUGGAGACCACAGGGUAGCAUCAUAGAGAAUAAGGAUGGGAAAAACAAUAACAAAAUUAACAACAAAAACAACACGUCAACAAGCAACGAAAUGGAGACAGAACGACAAGAGCGCAACAAUGAUACAGUGUUGGUCGUAGUGUGGGGAUCUAUCUGUGUAAUGUUUCUGGUUGCCUGUGGAUUGAUAGUUGUUCUGAACACAAGCAAAAUAUCCGUGAGACACGUUAAAUUAGAAGAGGGAUUGAUCAAGCAUAAUGAUCAGAACAAGAACUAUCUGUGUAGAUUAAAACUCACAGAGAAUCCCUUAUACAGCAUCAAAUGGGGGCAGCCUUUACCAACUAUACCCGAGGAAGACGCGGAUGAAUAUAUUGCCGUGACAGGGUACUUGACAUUUCACAGGCCAACUCCAAAGAGGAAAAAUAUGGAUGAAUCCAUGAACACUAAACAAGAUGUGGCAAUUGCAAUUCACCCACUAAUUUCACCAAGGCUGAUGUAGGAUUACCAGUUUAUCCAUGUCCGUUUAUACGGAGAAAAGGGGUGAAUGUCGUGGGACCCACUAAUACAGUCUGCGUACAAAUCCGUACAAGAGCCAAAGACUUUCAGAGGAUUCUGAAAUAACAAAUUGUCCAUUAGUAAAAUCAAAGUAACACUUUGAUGAUAGCUAGUAUAGUCAAGCGCUCAAUUCAAAAUAUUUCUUCAAGAAAUGUUGUACAAAAUUACCGGUGACAUUUGUUUUUGUUGGGAACUAUUUUUUCAUUUCCGGUGAAAAACGUUUUAUCAAUUUGUGUAAUAUUUAUCAUAUUAUACAAUCUUAAGUUUGUUUUUCUGUAUUUCUCAGGAGAGAGAGAGAGAGAGAG